AUGGCUGACUCGUGGGAGGAACUGGUGGGAGAGAAUGAUCCAGGCAAACCGGCUGAAUCACCACAUAGCUUUGCAGCAGUGGAUGGAGAUCAAUCUGUUGCUAAAGACGUGUUCUUUGUCUAUGACUCGGACGAUGCUGACACUUCAGAUGAUGAAUAUCAUGCUGCAAGGGACAAUCUAAGGACUUACGGGGAGAUGAGAAAAAGGAAGGUGAAGGCCAGGUCUGACUACCAUGGAGAAGAGGUUGAGCAGCUAGAUGAGUUUGAAGAAGAAGACAGUGAGGAUGAAGAAGAUGAUGAGGUUGAGCAUGGUGGCCAAGAUGGUGAUGCCGAGGCUAGUUUAGAUGGUGCAGAUCAGGGCAGUGAGAUACCUGAGCAAGCAUGCCAGAACAACGACGAACCUCCACAACAUGAAGCAAGGGAAGAGAUUUCCCAACAUUCCAGCUAUCGUGGAUCAGAAGAUUCAGAUCAUGUUAGGCCUAAUUUGUCAGACGAGGAUGGUGGUGAACCAUUUGCUAAUGCUCCCCAUUAUGAUCCAAUGUGUGAUCAUACUCAGUUCCAGUUUGUUCCUCGGCUGAAGUUUGCAAAUGUGGAGCAGCUCAAGAAUGCAGUGGUUUUGCAUUCUCUAGCAGCGGAGCUUGUUUGA